CUCGCGGAACGCGCGCGAGCUUUAGUCGCACGAUCUCGUCCGGAGCGUCGGGCCGCUCCACGUCGCGCCUCCAAGCCUCGAUCGAUCGAUGGAUCGAUCGUGCCGCCGCGUCCCUCUUCCUGCCGCCCGAUCCUUCGAGAAGUCGACCGAUCGUCCGUUCAGUUUGUCGUCGAUCGUCGAUCGUUGAUCGAUCGGUAUCGAUCGUUGGCCGGUCUCGUCGAUUCGAAGGACAGAGGCGAAGCAGGAUCGUCGGUGAUACCUGUCCAGGUGAAAGUUUUCGAUCGAAAGCUCGAUCGUUUUCGUUCGUGGCCAUGCUCGUUCUCGUCGCGAGUUCCAUGGUGCAGGUGAACCGCGUGCGUGCUACCAUCCGGGCUUAUGUUCGAUCUCGUGGCUCCUGAGAGAUACCACGCGUUUACCGGAUCUCAGGGACCUGCAGAUAUCGUUUUCGAAUCGACUGAGACCCGAGUGAGAAAGGUGCGUACGCCGUGCUACCCAACGCAGAACGGACACGUUAUCGUGGUGAAACUGCCGAUCCGCCGUGAUUCGAAAUAACCGCUCGCGAGUCUAGUGCGUAUGAAAUCGUGGAAACCGAGCCGUGUGCAACGAUGUCGUCGAGUGGUGAAUUUUCGACUUUGUCCAGUGGCGAAGCUACCGGAACUGGCGACGAUUCGUUGCCCAGUUCCCGGGAGGCUACCGCGGAAGCUGCGAGUUCCGGAGCUGGAUUCAUGCCGUUGCGCGAGUUUCUCGACAGAUUCUCGUUACCGAGGGUGGUAAGGGUGGAAGGUGCCGGAGGAAGGCCGAUAUUAUUGUACAAACAGCAGCAACGAUCGCUGAGAGUCACGGCUACCCUGUUGAUGCAUCGUUACCGCCAUGACGUGAAGGUUGGGCCUGAGAUCGUGAUUCCAGAGGGAUAUCCUGGCUGGUUCUCCGUUGUGUCGAACAACAGUGGUACCGGAAGUGCCAGGGUGUACCGAAGAGUGGGAGCAUUAGUUCGUGCCGGUGUUCCGGCGUUUUUGCUUGCCAAACCUCUGAGAGCUUACACGCUGACACACUCGAAAAUGGAGAACGGUAACCUGAGGGCUCACUAUACAAAAACGACGGUACGCGCCGGGGAAGUUCUGCGACUGGCCGCGGUUUUCCAAGACACGCGGAGGGCACCGGUUUCCAGUGGUAUUUCCGGUGUCGUUAGUGGUGUCCCGGAGGGCAAGAGUUCAAGGUCGUCGGAACGAGAUCAGUACGCGCAAUGCCUGGAUUCUCACGGCCACGAGUUGUUCGCGCCGCUUUCCGCCAGAGGAGAAUUCUACGCGACUUGUCAAAGCGGAAGCCUCGACACCGGAAGCGACGCCGUGCUCUACAGGGUUCAUCAGCUUGCCAGAAGGGAUCUUCCCCUUAGGGUACGGCUGGUUGCCGGACCCUUGCCGAUACCACUGCCACGAGAUUACAGCGGCCUGAUGCAGCUGGAAGGUGCAACGAGGGGUCCCAUAGUAUUAGGAUGCGCGGUACCUCUAAUGCCCGAGAGGCCUGUACCGAAUUCCACGGUCCCCGAGCUACUUGAACUCGUUGCCACAGGGCCAACGGCGCCCCGAGUGAAAAGGGCGCGAUUAGGCUGCCCUUCCGAAGCACGGUUGCUGGCGUCGCCAAAGAUGCAACGGUUACUCUCGGCUUGCAGAAGAGCGCUCGACCAGAGAGCAACGGAACCACGCGUGGCGCCCCCGAAGCCGCCCUGCAGCGGCGGCCAAUUAAAAGAACUGCAUCUGAAGGAGAUCAAAUCCAAGCCAGAAGCGAAACCGAUUCUUCAGAGUCUAAAGGAGGGGCUGGAGCACAUUAAACGAACGACCAUCAGGGAUCGUAGCAACAGUCGAGCGAGUAGCAACAACCACAGCUUCCUCGACCGGAUCUCGAGGAUAGCUCAGGGUGGCAGAAGCAGGAAUCCAGCCAAGAAAUCGGCCUCGUUCACGUUCGCUGUUCGGCCGGAAAUCGGCAUGAGGUCCGAGAGAUACGCCAGCCUCGAGUCAGAAACGAAUCUACUGCAAGCAUCCCCAUCCUCGAGACAGCAAGUUCAACGAUCGGUUUCUACCAGUGUGUUGGAGGUUCAGACUCAACAGGACCUCGAUCCUCCGUAUUCCAAGGUCAGGGACAGUUUAACUCCAUUACCAUCAACGCCGCCAUCGAAGACAGAGGAGAUCUAUGCGGAGAUUUGCGAGCCUACGAACGUUAGUUCUCCGGAACAGAAACCUCCUCCUCCUCCGCCUCCAGGAGGGAAGAACGGGACCAGAGAGAAAGACAGAGGUUACGUAAAGCUGGCGUUGCCUCAAUCCGAAGUGUCCGAUUUGAACGCCGCUGACGAGGAGGAAGGAAUUUACAACACCGUCUGCUGAUCGUGAACGAGAUAUCGUGCGAUCGAGAAAAAGAAAUCGUGUAUGACGAGUGACUGAGAGACAUUUACGGUUCGACGCGACGGAAUGCAAUUUCUGGUGUCGAUGGUUCACGCUGCUCGAAAUAAUCGAGCGUUCGCUCGUACCGAAUCGAGAAAGGAAUUGCUUAACGUAGAAUUUCGAUAUCGGGAAGCGCUAAAGAGAAACGAGGUAGGUACAAAUAUCGAGAAAUAAUAAAAUACUUGUUUGAUUCUGACGACAUUCUAGGAUAUAACGAACGCGUAUCGGUUCAUCGAUCUAUCUGUAAUCUCUGGAUCGAUCUUAAAACUACUAAAUCGAAAGUCACUGUCGAGUCUCCGUUGCGUAAAAAAUGAAACUAAAAGAGGAAUAGCGGAGAGGAACAUCCUGCUAAUUAUAAUUUCCCCUCUGCGAGAUAAACAACCUGUUCUUGAACGGAACGAUCUUUCGAAAAGCUCGACUCGUAAACAGGAUCAGAGUCUCCGAUGCACCUGGUAAAAAUCGAUCAACGAUAGUGGCUAAACGACUGACAACAACCGGCAGGCGCAUCUCGAGAUUUUGAGUCACAACGUAACGCAUAAAAUUUCAAUUUCUACCGCGACCGAUGCCUAAAUCGAUCUCCAACGAGCCAAGCGAGUGACGUUCUAAUUGUAUCGAGCAGGUUGGAUCGCGAUUCGCGACGAAUCGUUAGGAUGGUCGCGCGGAUUCAAUCGCCAGGACUCGUCAACACAUUCAUUAACACACGGCGUACAUUAACCAUGGAUGCGCGUCGAGCGCAGUCGUUGGUAGUCCAUUGACGGGGAUAACGUGCCACUUCCUGGGUCGGACCGGAGAACCGUUGGGGCAGAAAUGCCGCUGCGGCGCACCGGCGGAAUUUACAACGCCAUUUGCCCAAGAAAUUAUCCUGCCGGCGUCUUUUUCUACCCUUUUUCCGCGGCGAGAGAGCGGCGGCGUCCUCCACGGGGAACCGGACGGAAGAUUUACAAGGCUGUUGACCGGGGAAAAUGAUCGCGUAAUUGCGGUCCCACGUGUGUGCAGCGGAUGUAGCGGGUCUCGUCGGGACGCCGCGCCACUUCCGGUACACCGAGGAAUCUGUGCUGUGACCGAUCGAUAUUAUUAGAAGCGACCGAUGACCCGUAUUCCACGAUCGACACGGUGUUUUGCGUGCGCGUCAUCGAUGAAAUUCGAUGAUUUCGUCGAUUGUGAUCCAUGCUUCGAUUCGAAACGGACUGCGGUGGAUGGUGCGAAAGAUAACAAAGUUACGGAAGAAAUAGUUCCUUCUUAUUUGGAUGCGUGCGGACGACUUAUCUUGCGACGUUUAUAUUUUAGAAACGAAUCGUUUUGAUGCUUGAAGAAGAGAAAGAGGAAGAGAGGCGUUGCGAACAUUUUUGUACAGUUGUUGGUAACGUUUCGGCGUAUGACGAUGGUUGCGACGACGACCAGCGUUUUGUACAUUUGUUGAUACUUUGCGUACUAGUUGCGAGCGCUCACCAGAAACGAUUUGUAAUUUUCUUACUGUAUAGUUAUUAUUUUAAAAUACACUGAUUUCCAGUUAA